UAUUGUGGGCUCCUCUGAGAUACCUCGUUGUGAUCUUCAUACCUCAUGUAGUAAACAUAGUGACUGCCCAAUACCAGGCUUUGAAUGUGGAUGUAACCCCCAGUGUGGUAUGGUGUGUUCAUGCCCACCAGCUCGCGGUGAUGAACCAUCAGUAAGGGUCGGAGGGUUAGUCAGUAUGACUAGGUGUUCCGAUAAGAGAGCCUGCUCGCGUGAUUCAGAUUGUAGAGAGUUAUCAACCAAAGGGGUCACAUACGAGUGUGUGUGCUCAGAGAGAUGCGGUCAGGUGUGUCAUGGUACCCCAACAGUUCCUUAUACCCGGCCAGGGAGGUGCCCUCGACCAACAUUCAUUUACGACUUUGUAUUUUGUCGACUGAGAAUGGACUGUGUGCACGACGCACACUGCCUGGACAAUGAAAACAUGAAAUGCUGUCAGUCGACAUGCGGCAAGAAAUGCAUGCUCGCCGUCUCCGAUAUAGAUUCGACGUCGGCAACACCAUCUACGAUGAUGACGACGACGAUGACAUCUUCGACGAUGAAUGGUUCGAUGGAUUCUACAGCACGGAGUGAUAACGAGUCAAGGAUGGACUUUGAAAACAAGACGGAAAUGUCGACUGAAGUCACAUCUGAUUUCAUGACGACCUUGGAGCCAGUAAUGAAUGACGAUGGUGACGAUGAUGAUGGUGACGGUCGUAACACCGGGAAUUCAAAUAAGCAAAGAUCAUCAAGAGAGGCGGGACGAUGCAGGACAGGGCUCCGCCUGAGGAACAAACCAGGGGGAGGUCAUCGGAGAUGCAACUCCAAUCAUCCCUGCUACGACAACGGAUAUCACCCACUAUGUGGGAGCGAUGGGCUCUCAUAUGCCAACGAGUGUUACCUACGCCGAGAGCAAGAUCGACUGGACGUCCAGAUAGCUCUACGCCAUCGGGGCUACUGUUUUGUAGAGGGAGGGCGUAGUGUUGCCGCAGAAAGUGAUAGCAGCAAAAGAAAUUCGAAGAGGCAAACAUGCAAAUCGUGUGGUAUCAACAGCCCUUCUUAUGGCAGCGAUGGGAUUCUUGAGCGGCCUGAUGAGGUUGGCAACGCCCUUAAAGGUUAUCUAACAGAACGCCGAUUUUCAGAUGGAUAGAAUUCUGAUGAUUCAAGGACGGAGAGAGAGAUUCAAACCAAGAAUGCCUUCAAUCACAUUUACAUAUUCUUUCAUUAAAGAUUAUAUUUAUUGAUAUAUACAUCUAUUUUGCCUCUACGUGAUAUAUCACCUUGACAAUACUCGGAACCAUUUAUUCAAUGAAAAAAUAUUGUAUUGCAGCUUUUACAGGCAACU